AUGAGGAAACCAAGACACAGAGAAGUCAAGGGGUUUUAUUCAAGGUCACAUAAGAGGAAACCUUUUGACAGGAUGUCAGGAUCAGGACUAUAUAAAGUGGAUGAUGGAUGUCAUUAUCUCGCCAACUGCUUUCCAGCUAGAAACUUAUUCAGGUCACGAAAUGAAGGUAAAAGCCACUGGCUAGUGGCCCAAAAAGCUUCCUUAAAGAAGAAGUUCAAGUCAGUAGUCUAUUCACAAGCAGAAAUUCAGGAAGAACUGAAAAAAUCUUCCCCAGCACCAGGUCGAAAGAAGAGAUGGGCCUCGAUUGAAAACCUGUUCCAUGUUCCUGAUAAGCGCAUCUUAGAUCGGACAUUUUUGCUGAAGCACCACUGUGUAAAGAGACCUACAGAUUUGUGUACUGUGAAUAUCAGUGGCCAAAAGAUUGCAAAAGCUAAGGAAAAGGACUUCAGGCACUUUGAUGCUGUCAUUUAUAUCAAUGCAUCGGAAAACUUGCUACCCCUAGAGACAUUUCACACAUUUCCUGCUAUAAAAGAAUUGGAACUUUGUUUCAACGGAAUAAAAACUGUCUCCAUCAAGAUGGGAGAAUUUCGAUUCUUGGAACGCCUGGAUCUUUCAUUCAAUAACUUGUCUCAAGAGGCCAUUCGUGACUUGGGAAUUCUGCCUCGCCUUAAGAUGUUGCUUCUAACAGGCAAUGGGCUUACUUCACUUCCUCCCAACAUGGCUGUUACAGAGCCGAACCCCUCUGUCAUCCGACUAACCAACAAGCGUUAUAUGCUAAGGUUCCAGGCUCUAGAGACACUAAUAUUAGAUGAUAACAAACUCUCUCACCCCAGCUGUUUUGCCAGCCUAGCUGGGCUCAGAAGACUGAAGAAAUUAAGCAUGGAACAAAACAAGAUUUUCCGGAUCCCAUAUCUACAACAAGUUCAGUUGCCUAAGUACUGUGAUGAAUCAACUAAAGGAAAGAAUGGUACCCAGAAAGACCAAGGUGGAUCUGGCUCCAAACAGAAGCUAACACAAGGUAUGACAGGAGCCUUCCUGGAAAGCAAGUCAGGAAAAGGACAGCCAGAUUAUGCCAUAUUAUCGAUGAAAAAGGAUGUGGACCGGACAGAGGUUAUAUUCCCAUCUUUCCCUGGAUAUUCAUCCAACCAGGCAAACAAAGUCUAUCCACUUCCUCCCAUAUUUGAAAUUCUUCCUGUGAAGUCAUUGAAGGCCCUGAACCAGACAUGGGCUCCACCUUUCCCAGAGCUGAGAUAUCUUAGCCUGGCCCAUAACAAGAUCUCAAAUGAAGAUGCCUUACUCCCUGUGGCUCUUUUCCCCUCUCUAAGUGAGCUCAUCUUCCACAACAAUCCAUUGGUGAUCCAUACAAAGGGAGAUCCACCUUUGCUAUACAGCUUCCUCCAGAAAAGACUGGGAAUCUGCUUAAUUCGAAAACCUACUGAAAAACUCAGGCGUCCACAUAUUUUAAUUCCUCAGAAGUCCAACCGGAAGGUAAAAGCUCAAAUUCCGAAGGUCCCUAAAGCUCCCAUCAUACUAGAGCUGCCAAAUCAGGAAUCGCUGGAAACACCAACCCCAACUAUCCCUAGGCGGACCUUCACACCUCUCCCACCUAUCCAUUCCUCCACAUCCACCGUCUUCACCAAAGAGGGCUCUGGGAGGUCAGAUACUUCCGUGGAGACGAGUGGUUCUGAGACGGGGACGGAUGAUGACGACGUAAAGAGUGUAGAAUCCUUCUUCAUGACUCAGGUGACCAAGAUGCAGAAAACUCCCAAAAGCCAUAAAGAAGGCAAGUCACAAGAGGAGGAUAAGAAAACAAAGGACAAAGAUAAAGAGACAAAGAAGAUUCCAAAGAAAUGCUCUGUUCCAGAGAAAUACAAAGGCUAUGAGGAACUGCUCGAGACAAAGCCUGACCCCAAUUUUGUGGAACCCGUGGGAAUCCAACAGAAUGUCAAGGCCCUUUACAAUAUUCUAAAGCAUCCCCUGGUCUAUCGCUCCUCCAAGGCCAAGCUCGACGCUUUCCAAAAUCCCUACUGCUCCAAGGAAAAGCAGGUCCCUCGGAGUAAAAUUCCUCCCCCUCGGAAGACACGAGCACAGUUAUUGGAUGAGAUCUUGUAUCAAAUGAGGAACCCUCAGCAUAUAGUGGACAAUCCAUUAAGCUCUGUCCUGCGAAAGCGCGCAGAGCGCAGGCUGGAGGAUCAGAAACAGUACCGAGAGGCCCAGCGCCUAUUGAGGGAGUUCAAGGCCAGGUACAAAAGAGUGGUUCGGAGCUCCCUGAAGGAAGUCUUUGGUGAAACCUCUAAGGUUCAGGAUUCAUUGGAAAGCCAACAGAGGUUGAUGGAAAUCCAGGACUUUCUGCAAGAGUGUGAGGAGGAAGAAGAAAAUGCACAGAAGGACUAUUCUUAGACCUUCUCAGGGGCUAUCCACCUGCUCACCUCU